AUGCCGGACGGUCGGCGCGGAGGCCUCCCAGGCGCCCCUCUCGGAGCUGGCGUCGAGGAGCGCGGGGCGCCGCAGCAGUGGGGCGCGGCGCUGCGGCUCCUGCGCGAGCAGCUGCGCGCCGCUCCGCGGCCGUCCCACAGGCUCUGCACGGCGGCCGUCAGCGCCUGCGGGAGGGGCCAGCGCUGGCAGCAGGCGCUGUCGCUGCUCACGGAGAUGAGGGAGGCGGGGCUGGAGCUGGACGUCAUGCGUUGCGGCGCCGGGAUCGGCGCGUGCGGGAAGGGCGGGCAGUGGCAGCGAUCGCUGGCGCUGCUCGGGAACAUGCGGGAGGCGAGGCUGGAGCCCAGCGCCGUCAUCUACGCUACAGCACUGUGA